AUGCCCGAAAUCGGUCCUGGCACCUUAAAGCGUCGAGCCACCGCACGAGACCACACGGACGACAUAAUUUCCUUCAUCCAAAGACUUACUGGGGGCAUUCAUCCUGCCUUGGAUUCAAGCGAGAAGUCCGCUGUCACAGUAGUUGGUCUGGAUACGGACUCUGGCCAACUCAUCUUCGAUCAUCCCAACUCUAUCAUCGAACCACAACAGCCCACACAGAGUGCUUCGGACGAUUCGCAACGCAACAAUCCGGCUGAGCCUGAUUCCCACUUCCUCGAGCCCAUCUCCCAAGAUGACCUCAACGAUACCUACGCUCAAUGCCGAGAAACAGAAAAAAGCUUGAGGCAGCAAAUGGAAAAGCACCAGCUUGAAAGUGGCAAGAGGCUCACAGAUCUCAGCCAAACGCACAGCUAUGAGGAUGUAGACAACGCUCUCGCGGAAUUCGCCGAAACGAUUCGUUUGGAAGAGAAGGAGUACAAGACCACUGCUCUCAAAGGAUUUCUGGGCCACAUAAGGAGAGGAUUCCGCGCAUUCAGCAGCAAUUCCAGCAACCUGAAGGUCUUCACUGCAUUGAUCCCAUCUCAGGAAUCUUACCUCUCUGUCCUCUGCGGCGGGCUGACCUUCCUUUGCGCUGUAGGCAAACGAAUGUCGGAAAUCCGUGAAGCCCUCUCUCAAUUCCUCCAAGAGCUCGUAGCUAUCUUGCAAAACAAGGGUAAGAUCAUGGAAAUAUUCUCCGAAAACCUUGAGUUACACAGAUUGAAUGCGGGCCUCUGCGUAUCGAUCCUACACGUCAUGCAUGAAUUCAUCGACUGGGUCAAAACAUCACCAGGAAUCAAAGCGCUCAUGAAGCCGGCGGACUACAAAGAGAAAGUCCUUGAGAAGAUCCGAACAAUGGAACAGAACGCCAGAGAUUUCAAAACCAUGGCCAAAAUCUGCGGCUUGAGAGACGUAAGGGAGAUGAGAAAAGCCCAAGCAAGAUUUGAACAGGGCCAGCUCAAGCGGCAAGAGCAGAAGACCAUCCUCAAUUACGUCUUCCUCUUCAUCAAGGACGACCCAGCACAAGCCUCAGCCCCAGACUCCAAACCCGACCGCAGUUCCCGCCCCCACCGCCGCCGCCACCGCCACCCGCACCCCCGCGCCGAAGCCGAAACGCUCCUCCAAACCUACGCCCACGACCACACCCUCAUCACGACCGACUGCCACGCCCUCCUCCAGCUGCGCUACACGCUCUCCAAGCCCGAGCAAUCGCGCGCCGUCGCCCUCCUGCACGACCCCUCCUUCCAAUCCCUCACCACCACCCUCGCCCCGCGCCGGCUCCUCGUCCACGGCUGCUCGCAAGAAGGCACCUCCGCCGGCGGCGCCGCCACCUCCUUCGUGGCCGCGCGCCUCUUCGACCUCGUGUCGCGGCACGCCGGGCCGACGGGCGCGGGCGCGGGCAGCGCCAGCGCCAGCGUCAUCCCCCUCGCCUUCUUCUGCGGCAGGCACGUGGACGGCGCGCGCGAUCCGAACGCGCACGCGCCGGGGAUGAUGCUGACGCUGUUGCUGCAGCUGAUCGAGCAGGCGCGGGGGCGCGGGGUGCGGCUGCGGUCGGGGCGGAUGCGGGAGGAGCUGCGGGGGCUGGACGCGGCGGACGUGGGGAGCAUCGGGGCGGUGUGGAGGGCGGCGGUGGGGCAGCUGCCGGGGGGGACGGUGGUGUUUGUCGUUGUGGAUGGGGUGGAUGCGUAUGAGGAUGAUGAGAGGAGGGCGGAGUUGAAGGUGGCGUUGGGGUGUUUGUUGGAGAUGGGUGGGGGGGAGGAGGACGGGGAGGGGGGCGGGGAGGGGGGGGGAGGGGUUGUGGUCAAGUUGCUUGUUACGGCGCCGUGCUCGACGCUGUCGGUUUGGCGGUUGUUUGAGGAUUGUGGGAUGGAGGGUGCGGAGGUGGUGCAGUUGCCGAGUGUGUGUUCUGCUCAGGGUGGGUUUGCGGCGCUGGAGUGGGAGGACCUUUCAGAGGACGGGGGGCUUGAGGAGAUGGAGUCGGGUGAGGAUUGA